AAAGCAGUUUACACCAUAAUACCCAAAAGUCUACUCUUCAUUGUCUAAUAUUAGACCUUGACAACUAGCGGGCUAAACAAAUACGGCGUUACACUUAUUGAAAUUAUGUGAGCAAUUGUGUUCAUACAGUCUGAAGCAAAUGGGAAUCCUGAUAAUAAAUGCCUCAGUGAUCUUGAAAUGACCAAUUCAAACGAAUUAAGCUAUAAAGUUAAACGUGCCCAAGCUUACUAUAAGGCUGAAUUAAAUCUAACUAAUCAUGCAAUAAUUCCUACAUUCUGUAGUGAGUGAAUUCCGAAUCUGGGCGAGAGUACAGAAUAGACACCAGAGUCAAGUAUUUUUGAAUCAAUUGAUUCAAACCGGCUGGUUUAUUAAUAAGAUGACUCGGUAUCACACAUCGAUGUUCAUAAUAUUCGCUGCAGGUUUCACCCAGAUGUUUUAAUACCAAUAGUACAACGACUAAAAACUGCCUUUCGUACACUCGAGUGGAAAUGUUCGCAAUUAUCAUCACUAGACUAUGCUCAUCAUAAAGUCAACUAUAUUUCUGAAUUAGUAAAUCAUGUAAGUGGAACUCUUACAUAUUCUACUAAAAGAUUCUGAGUCAAUCUAAAAAAGCGUUUUUUAUGGUUAAUGGCUCCCGAUAUGAUAUCAUAUACAGCCACUUGGAUAAAUUUUUGUAUCAACAUUGAAUUGAUAUGUCUACAGACACUCCUAUGAGGAACUGGGACCAGCUUUUACAGCAUCUUAGAGUUGCAUACCCUAUAUAAUCCAGUUUCAUUGUAUAUAUGUCUUAUAAGUACACUUUUUUAAAAUUAAACACCACUUUUUCACCUGUAAGGUUAUAUUUCAAGGUCAUUUAACUUUGGUGUCUACUCUUUACUGUUGCCCCAAUUUGUUCUGAAAUGGACUCUUUAAUGGCACAUGCUGGAACUCAGUGCUGGUUCUCAGCAUGACUUGCACUAUUUCAGCACCGUGUUUUUUUCUAGGUGGUUCAGGAGUAGGUUAGAGCCGUUGUUCCAACCCUCACAGGACAUUUUAAGCACGACAAGCGUUAUUCCAGAACAUAGUGGAUAGAUAAAAUCUUCACUUAGCAUAAAAAAGCAUUAUCGAAGAAUAGGAUAGAAUAAGUUCUGAAUUCUUGUAAGCUUGGGUGGGUUUCUAAGGCAACCUGAACUUUUCGCUGCUUCACCUACAUUAAAACAUUCUCAUCAUUUUCGCAAAAUAUAUGCUAUCUAUCUUAUUUAUCUGACAUACUGUGCUCGUGUUUUAGGGAAUCAUUGUUUUGUCCUUGUUCCAUGAUACAUGUACCUUAACUCGGCCUCUAGUGGGAUCGAGGUGACAACUGACGUAGUUUAUUAGAAUAUGCCAUGUAUACAUGGAUCCAUUCAAUGGGCAAGUUGAGGCGUAGUAAUUCAAGCACAAAAGCCAAUUGCGGUAUCGUCUAAUCCAAUUAGUUUUCGUCGGCAAUAAUACAGUUAUAUCGGAUAAAUCUAAUUUAGCUUAACUAAGGAGUACCGUGUAGUAUUAAUGGAUAAAUCCAAAGUGGGAAACGGUAAAACUAGUCCUAUCUCCUUAUCUUUAAGCAUAAAUUUGAGAGCAAACCACUAAUUCUGUCUCUUGACGCUGAACAAUAAUAUUUCGGAAUAGCAUUAACACCAAUGUGAUAUGGGAGGCUGUUCUUCGAAAAUUUCAUAGAGAAGCAUCCUCUUUAUUAUUUUUGCAGUGCUUUGAACAUUUUUUCAUGAAUGAAUUGUCAACGCCAAGCCCGACAACUUCUGAGUCAUAACUGCGUCCGUAUCACGUUGACACGUUCUAAAGCAAAAUAGUUGAGGGUUAUUAUGGGAAAACUCUGAAGUCCUGGGAACCGUGGUCUAAAAUUCUGUCAUCUACUGCAUUUUCUUCAGAUAUCUCUAUCCCAGCAACACUAACUUAUCCAUAGUAUACGCAUAAAUACGCCAUCUUAUUCCUGAAGGUUUUAUUUUAGUAGUAAUGAAUUUAAACCCUAGAUUGUUCAUGUAAAAUGAGUGCAGAUGAAGUGCAUUUUCUUAUUUUCAUUUGGAACGAACAAACUCAGGAAUCGCAAAACAUUCAUGUAGAAUGAAACAACGUGGAGUUCGUUGCGGUGCGUUCUACCUUAGAAACAGCGUCAGGUAUGAGGUUGGAGGUGGUAUGUGUUUAUGGUGAGAUCUGUUAUUUUCUGCUUUGCGAAUGUUAGUGGGUGACCUUCCUACAUUUCAACGAUAAACCUAAGGCAGCAACCCAACUGCACUAGGGUAAAGGUGAUGUGUCGUGCUUUAGAACUGUAAUAUAGAUAGUUAUGAGGCUUAGUUUAAACGGUAUCCGGUUACUUAUAUGUAUUGUCGCUUCUCACUCAGAUUACUGUGACCAUUAUCGAAUUCCUACAUUUGAUAGAAGUGUAUUCUUUUUGUAAAGAAAAAUGUGCAAAACCUUGUGAUCAUUGCUAUAAAUUUUUUUGAAUUGAAAUACCGAAAUAUUCCAACUUGUAUCCUAUGUUGAUACAUUAUAUGAGAGCCCAUUGUCCUAUCGUUAAUGUCCAUUUCUAUUGUGAAGGCCUUUCAAUCCUCAGAUCUGUUUUUCAUUCUAAUCUUCCCGACCAAUAGCACUGCAGUUUUUUUAAGGAAUUCCAAAAGCUUUAGGGAUUAGCGGUAGAGCUCAGGUUUCCUUCAGGAACUGUCGGCAGAAAUCCAGGGUUUACGAAGAAUACGGCUGAGGUCUCAUUGGUUUAUUGGCAAGAUGAUUUAGGAGGCGUCGACUAGCAGGGAAGGAACAUUUACGUGUUACUGAAAGUAUAUAGCCCCCCCCCCCAAUACACUUGAUCUCUAUGACCAAAGAACUACUUGUCGAACCGGAACAACAAUUCGAUCUUGCAAAUUACGAAAUGCGUUUCAGGAUUAGGAAAAUAUAGCGGCAAUGCCUCCUGAAUGCACGAACAACCGAACAUAAAGCGACAGUGCAUCAAAUGGUCUGGAUACCUGACGUCAUGCUACAGCUCAACCAGUCGACUUAAGCAGUGAAGGGUGACAUCUAGUACUGGGUGAUGAAAGGUUGGAUAUUAAUUUUGGAGAAUUAUUUGCCGUUAAUAUGGUUUGGGACAGCUUCCAGUUUUUCUACGGUCACCUACUAUCAAGUCAGUAUGAGAGCAAUAAUAAAGAGAUCCAGGUGUAGUGGAACUAUGGGAAGCAAGCAUCUGGUUUUGAAAAUAACUAAUAAGGGUUUUAAAGUGACAUAUGGGGUAUGAUAUACCAGCUACUCUGGUUUAAAGAAAUUAGAAUUACGGGUCCCACAAUCAUAUGCUGUAGCUGAAGCUUGGAGUUACCUGACAAGCAGUGUGUAAUCCAAAUAUUGUCCUUAAAAUACUUGAUUUCAAUUUUGUAAGCUUUUUUAUAUUUCAGAUGCCUUCAUAAUGUAUUUUAAAAAUCCUCGAUGAAUUGGGCCAAAGUCUUCAAGUUGGUUUCAACCAAGCCAAAAGUCUUUCAGAGCUCAGUUGGUGAUAAUUUAAUAUGGAAAAUAAACGCGUCCUACUUUGCAAGCAAACCUGGAUCUAUAUCAAGUUCAGUUAAAACAACCGCGAGGUCGAAGCCAUCAUCUCUUGUUGGUAAACAUGCACCUAUUACUCUUACGAAGUCAGCUAUAGAUCGCGUCCAAGAACUUUUACAAAGAAAUCCGGAAGCUAUAGGACUACGUAUUGGAGUUAGAACUCGUGGUUGUAAUGGUCUGUCUUAUACUUUGGACUUUUGCUUCGACGGACUCCAACCUGGAGAUGAAGUUGUCGAGCAGGCUGGAGUUCGUAUUUUUAUUGACCGUCGGGCGCAGCUGACGCUAUUGGGUACUGAAAUGGACUAUCAGCAAGAUAUAUUAUCCAGUCAGUUUGUUUUCAACAACCCUAACAUUAAGGGGACUUGUGGUUGUGGAGAAAGCUUUAGUGUAUAAAUUGUUUCUUUGGUGAUACGUUGAUAAUUUCGAUACAGCGCAUAUAUAUAUAUAUAUAUAUAUAU